UCCACGGGUCAGCACAGUAACUGACUCCUUUUUCUCCCUUCUCUCGGGCCCUAGCUCAGUGUCUGAUGGAGCUUUCCUACCAGACCCUCAAAUUCACGCAUCAGGCGCGGGAAGCGUGCGAGAUGAGGACAGAAGCACGACGAAAAAAUCUUCUCAUUUUGAUUUUGCAUUAUUUAACACGAGAAGGAUAUAUCGAUACAGCAAAUGCUUUGGAGCAAGAAACUAAACUGGGGUUACGACGCUUUGAAGUUUGUGACAACGUUGAUCUUGAAACUAUUUUGAUGGAAUAUGAGAGUUAUUAUUUUGUAAAAUUUCAGAAAUACCCCAAAAUUGUCAAAAAGGCAUCAGACACAGCAGAAAAUAAUUUACCACAAAGAAGUGGAGGGAAGACCAGAAGGGUGAUGAACGACAGUUGCCAAAAUCUUCCCAAGAUCAGUCAGCAGAGGCCCCGCUCUAAAACCACGGUGGGGAAAACAGUGGACACCAAGUCUCUCAAUAAGGAACAUCCUAAUCAGGAGGUAGUUAGUAACAAUCGCCUGGAGAGUGCCGAUUUUGGCCUAACUGUAUCAAGAAUCAAUAAAGACAGUGGAGAGGAAAAUGCCCACCACCCACGAAGAGGCCAAAUCAUUGACUUCCAAGGGCUGCUCACAGAUGCCAUCAAGGGAGCGAGCGGUGAACUUGCCUUGAACACCUUCGACCGUAACCCAGACCCCUCAGAACGACUACUGAAACCUCUGAGUGCAUUUAUUGGCAUGAACAGUGAGAUGCGAGAAUUGGCAGCAGUGGUGAGCCGGGACAUUUAUCUCCAUAAUCCAAACAUAAAGUGGAAUGACAUUAUUGGACUUGAUGCAGCCAAGCAGUUAGUCAAAGAAGCUGUUGUGUAUCCUAUAAGGUAUCCCCAGCUAUUUACAGGAAUUCUUUCCCCCUGGAAAGGACUACUGCUCUAUGGCCCUCCAGGUACAGGAAAGACUUUACUGGCCAAAGCUGUGGCCACUGAAUGUAAGACAACCUUCUUUAACAUUUCUGCUUCCACCAUUGUCAGCAAAUGGAGAGGGGAUUCAGAAAAACUUGUUCGGGUGUUAUUUGAACUUGCCCGCUACCACGCCCCAUCCACGAUCUUCCUGGACGAGCUGGAGUCAGUGAUGAGUCAGAGAGGCACGGCUCCUGGGGGAGAACAUGAAGGAAGCUUGCGGAUGAAGACAGAGUUACUGGUGCAAAUGGAUGGGCUGGCGCGCUCAGAAGAUCUCGUGUUUGUCUUAGCAGCUUCUAACCUGCCAUGGGAGCUGGACUGUGCCAUGUUACGCCGCCUGGAGAAGAGGAUUCUGGUCGAUCUCCCCAGCCAGGAAGCCAGGCAGGCCAUGAUCCACCACUGGCUGCCCCCUGUGAGCAAGAGCAGGGCCUUAGAGCUGCGCACAGAGCUGGAGUACAGUUUGCUGAGCCAGGAGACCGAGGGCUACUCAGGUUCAGACAUUAAGCUCGUCUGCAGGGAAGCAGCCAUGCGGCCUGUGAGGAAGAUCUUCGAUGCACUUGAAAAUCACCAGUCAGAAAGCAGCAACUUACCAGGGAUUCAGCUGGAUACAGUAACCACCGCCGACUUUCUGGAUGUGCUAACUCACACCAAGCCCUCUGCAAAGAAUCUGGCUCAGAGAUACUCAGCCUGGCAAAGAGAGUUCGAGUCUGUUUGAAACCACAUUCACCCUAACCUGGCCACAAAGGCAACCACAAAGGCUUCCUAGUUUAUUAGUGUCCGCAGGAGAAGAACAAAAUGAUUGGAAUGGAAAAGAAAAUUAUUUUUGAAGACUGGAUUAAUUUGGGUCACUGUAUUCUUUUGAAUAGCUGAGAUAUAUUUAUUAAUUUACUAUUACUAAUGUCAGCAAAAUAUUGAGGGUUUCAAUUA